AUGAUUCAUACAAUUGACCCACUGGGAGAAGCUAAAGUUCAAGAUAAGGCACUAAAGCUCCAUGCCGUUGCGACGUUGAAUGUGGUAUUGGAUGCUGAAUCUACAGCAGAGGAAACUCCAGUUAAAGAGGAGAUCCUUAAAGAAAUCAAAGAAGUUAAGGACCCGUCCAUCCACGCAAUAUCAAAUGGCAAGAUAGCUCUAGAUGAACGAGCUGCGACUACCGAGUCGCCCUCCCAGUGCACAGAAACAGGAAGUCAAGAGACUCAACUCACUAAUACAGGCUCCCUGGAGACCCGGUCAAAUGUGGACAUACCAAUUGCUGCCAACAGCCCUGUUGGUGCCUCUACAAGUACUAACACUUGUGCCACCACCCCUGAAACUCAACAACCUUCACCACAACCAAAAGAAUCACAUUCCCCAGUACCAGAAGAGAAACCUAUUCAGAAAGAAACUUCAGCUACAAUUGCUGUUCCGGCAGUUGAAUUGGAGGAGCCUGAAGAACCUUUGGACAUUAGCUGGCCAAAGGAAAAUAAAAAGAGGAUCUCAUAUCUUCUUUUAGCUCCAAUUAUGUUCACUCUUUGGCUGUGUCUACCAGAUGUCAGGAGACCUGACAAGAAAAAAUUUUUCCCCAUUACAUUUUUGGGUAGCAUUAUAUGGAUUGCUAUCUUUUCAUACUUAAUGGUAUGGUGGGCUGAUAGCUCAGGGACAGCCAUUAAUGUAGAAGAAUCGGUGAUGGGUUUGACCAUCCUUGCUGCAGGUACCAGUAUUCCUGAUCUCAUCACCAGUGUCAUUGUUGCUAAAAAAGGAUUUGGCGACAUGGCUGUUUCCAGUUCAGUUGGAAGCAAUAUAUUUGAUAUAACUGUAGGAUUACCAUUUCCAUGGCUCCUGAAAGGAAUCAUAAGCCAAGCACCCAUUGAAACACAUUAUGGACAGAUAUUCUUAGACUCUGUAGUUUUUUAUCUUCUUUUUCUCUCUAUUGUUAAUCCAUCUUCUUUCAAAUGCAUAAUUUCUCUUUCUCCCUUUUUAUUCACAUUUAAGCUUCAAGAGAGAAAUUAG